AUGAAUGAAGAUUAUUCUUUGGUUGAUACAUCAUACGGAACAUACAAUGGUGAAUGGAGUCUGGUGUCUACUAAGAAUAAAAUUCAAAGUAGACAAGAUGAGAAUAACCAGUCUUUGGACUACGCUCUGGAUUUUACAAUAAAGAUACGACGGCGUCCUACGAUAGCGAUUCUUACGGUAAUGUUUCCCAUCAUCACACUCUCUAUUAUAAACGUUUUCUGCUUCGUGCUUCCUAUUGCAGAUGGUGAAACAAUCGGAAUGUCAAUGGCUAUUUUUCUUACAUUUGCAGUGUAUGCUACCUUGUUGAGUGAAACCAUGCCAUCAUCCGCCGAUAACAUUUCAUGGUUCAAUAUCUACGUUACAACACAGGUUAUUCUCAGCGCCGUUACAAUUAUCUUGCAAUCCAUUGUACUUCGUAUUUACAACCAGGAUCCGCAAAAUGAUGAGUAUGAGAGAGAAGUUGAUAUAUCUGGAUAUCGUCUGAAGACUACCACAGAAGGAACAAGGAAACAUAAUCCAGCUGUCGGGUCAAAAGAACCCACUACAAUCAAAACACGUAACAAUAAAGAUAUUGCCUUGAGAAUGGAGAACGUGUUCAUGGUAUGCAGCAUUUGCAUUAAUUUUGUGUCGUUGUGUCUCCUGUUUGCAAACAUUCUGUGA